GGUUUCCAAGCGGAAGCAGCGGAGUUUAUUUGGUUACUAUGAUGCUUCUUCUUAUCAAAGAUGGCGAAAAAGGGAGAUAAAUAAUUUCAGAAAACCUCGUUUUGUGUCGUGUGUGUUUUCAGGUUUUCCAGGAGUGUGUAUAGUAUGGCGAGUGUUGAGGACGACGAGAACUGCGCGCUUGCACUGAUCUUAUACUACUGCCAGGAAAAGUACUCCAGUCAUGUCGUAGAUGUUUCCAGUGAAGCUCAACGGAAAUUCAGUCCGGAUCCAAUCUUUACAUUCCUCCAUGCUUAUGGGUUGCUCAUGCAAGAUCAAGUGCUGGACGCCAUUCAGGAGCUGGAGAUGCUGAAGGAGAGAAGAGACGUUUCACUUUGUGCGCUCAUGGCUCUGGUUUAUGCCCACAAGAAACGCCCAAACCCUGAUCGUGAAAUCAUACAGGAUCUGGAUGGACGGGUGAAGGAGGAGAGGAAAACGGCGAGUCCUAAAGCACUGUAUUACGCGGGCAUGCUGCUGUGGCUUCUGGGCCGCAAUGACAAAGCAAGAGAGUAUGUGGACAGAAUGAUCAAGAUCUCCAGUGGCUCAAAAGAGGGAAUUGUGCUAAAAGGCUGGAUUGACCUGCGAUCUAAUAAAGAUGCUUAUGCAAAGAAGUCCGGGAAAUACUUUGACGAAGCCUUGAAGGAGAAAAGUGACAUUUUUGCUCUGAUGGGGAAGGUUCAUUAUUAUGAAUAUCGCCAGAAUUAUUCUGGUGCUUUAGACACCAUUAACCAGGUGAUUGUGAGUUACCCGUCCUUUCUACCGGCUCUGGUGAAGAAGAUGAAGCUGCUGUUGACUCUGCAGGACUGGGAACAAACUGUGGAUGCAGCUCAGAGGCUUCUCCAGCGGGAGAAAAAUAACCUGGAGGCUCUGAGGAUGCAGGCCCUGCACGCUCUCUGCCGGGAUGGAGACAUCGCUGAGUCUGUAAAUCAGCUAUCAAAUCUGAUAAGCAAUCUGGACAUUCAAGAACCGAGCAAUCCGGAGCUCUUCUACAGGAUGUCUUUGGCGUUCACUCGAGUGUGUGGAAGAGCUGAGAAGAUUCUCCAGCACACUCACCGGAUGGUGGAGCGGGCAUUUGCACAGGCUUCCAGUGACUCUGAACUAGCCACAGAGAUGGGCUACCAGCUGAUCCUCAUGGGCAGAGUCAAAGAGGCCAUGAAGUGGUACAAAACAGCAAUGACUCUUGAUGAAAGCAGCGUCUCCGCUUUGAUAGGUAUCAUCAGGUGUCAGCUAAUAGAAGGACACAUAGAAGAUGCAGAACAGCAACUGGAGUUUCUCACAGAGAUCCAGCAGUCCAUUGGCAAAUCAGGGGAGCUGUUAUAUCUGCGGGCUCUGUUGGCUGUGAAAAAGCGCCGGCCCCCAGAUGAGGUGACCAACCUGUUAAACGACACUGUGGACACGCACUUUUCUGCCCUGCAGGGUCUGCCUCUCAGUGUCGAGUACUUCGAGAAGCUCAACCCAGACUUCCUGCUCGAGAUUGCCAAGGAAUAUCUCGCACUGUGUCCUGCCAAGUCUCCAGCUCUCAGUCAGCCUUCUUCACCUCAGCUGCAGCAUGCCGCAUCUGUGCUGGAUACCGUGAUGAAAGUAGUGCCUGGAUUACUGCAGGCUGUCUUUCUGAUGGCCAGAGUCCGAUUUCAGUCAGGCGAUAUCGAUGCGGCCCAGAGCAGCCUGCAGCACUGUUUGGAUCAGAACCCAGCUCACGCUGAUGCCCAUCUCCUCAUGGCUCAGAUUCAUCUCAUUCAGGGCAACUACAAACUCUCCUCCCAGUCUCUGGAGCUCUGCCUCAGCCACAACUUUGAGAUUCGUGAGCAUCCUCUGUAUCACCUGAUUAAGGCUCAGGCUCAGAGGAAGAUGGGGCAGCUUCAGGAGGCCAUUCAGACGCUGCAGAUGGCCAUGAGUCUGUGUGCUGUCAAGAGGACGGGCUCCUCAGCCAAACGACAGAGCAAAAGAGUUGAGCUCAGCUCUGCUGACUGCGUGUCUGUGUUCCUGGAGCUGGCCGAGGCUCUGUGGCUCAAUGGAGAACAGCAUGAGGCAGCUAAAGUGAUGCAAGAUGCCAUUAAUGAGUUUACGGGCACACCAGAGGAGCUACGGGUCACUAUCGCCAAUGCUGACCUGGCACUGAUGCGAGGAGAUACGGAGCUGGCACUGAGCAUGCUCAGAAACAUCACGCCUGAGCAGCCCUACUAUAUACAGGCCAAAGAAAAAAUGGCAGAUAUUUACCUGAACCACAGGAAAGAAAAACGACUUUACGUCAGCUGCUAUAGGGAACUGGUGGACAAAAUGCCGAAUCCUCACAGCUUCCUCUUACUUGGUGAUGCCUACAUGAACAUUCAGGAGCCGGAGUUGGCCAUUGAAGUGUAUGAACAAGCCCUGAAGAAAAACCCUAAAGAUGGAGCUCUGGCCAGCAAGAUUGGAAAAGCACUGGUCAAAACCCACAACUAUGUAAAGGCUAUCAAUUAUUAUGAGGCAGCGUUGAAGAGCGGACAGCAGAAUUUCUUGCGUUAUGAUCUGGCUGAUCUGCUCAUGAAGCUCAGACAGUACGAACGCUGUGAAAAAGUCCUGCAAGAGGCUCUCGCACAUGAUCCUGUGAUUGAGCUGCCUCUGCUUACUGAAGAUUGUCGGUAUCUUGUUCUUCUUGCCAAAGUCCAGAGCAAAGUUAUUAAAAAUGAUGAAGCAUUGCUGUCCUUGCAGAGAGCCAGAGACGUGCAGGCGAAGGUGCUGAAGCGUGUUCAGCUGGAGCAGCCCGACUCGGUGCCUGCACAGAAACAGCUCGCCGCAGAGAUCUGUGCUGAAAUCGCCAAACACUGCAGCAGCCAGAGAGGCUACGAAAGAGCCGUCAAGUUCUACAAAGAGGCGCUUGUGUACUGUGAAAACGACAGCAAGGUGAUGCUGGAACUGGCUCAGCUUUACCUCACUCUGGAUGAUGUGGAGGCCUGUCAGCAGCAGUGCAGUGCCAUUCUGAAAAACGACCCGGUCAAUGAGUCCGCCACGUUGAUGAUGGCAGAUCUCAUGUUCCGGAAGCAGGACUAUGAACAGGCUGUAUUUCACUUCCAGCAGCUCUUGGAGAGGAAACCAGACAACUACCCAACACUGUCCCGCCUCAUCGACCUGCUGCGCAGAGCCGGAAAACUGGAGGAGGUGCCAAGAUUCCUGGAGAUGGCAGAGAAACACUCAUCCAGGGCCAAGUUUGAGCCUGGAUACAAUUACUGCAAAGGCCUUUACCUGUGGUACACUGGUGAACCCAACGAUGGGUUGCGUCACUUUAACAAAGCCCGAAAAGACAAUGACUGGGGCCAGAACGCAGUUUACAACAUGAUUGAGAUUUGCCUCAACCCUGACAACGAAACCAUCGGAGGAGAAGUGUUUGAGAACCUGGACGGAGACAUGGGGAACUCCACUGAGAAGCAGGAGUCCGAGCAGCUGGCUGUGAGAACAGCAGAGAAACUCUUAAAGGAGCUGAAGCCACAAACCCCUGUGGGACACGUUCAACUGCGCAUCCUGGAGAACUACUGCUGUCUGGCCACCAAACAGAAGGCCAAUGUGGAAAGAGCUCUCAACGUCUUUAUCGAGAUCGCAAACACUGAGAAAGAUCAUGUUCCUUCUCUUCUGGCUAUGGCCACUGCAUACAUGAUCCUGAAACAAACCCCACGAGCCCGAAACCAGCUCAAACGCAUCGCCAAGAUGAACUGGAACAUAAUUGAUGCGGAUGAGUUUGAGAAGAGCUGGCUGCUGCUUGCCGACAUUUACAUCCAGUCUGGGAAAUAUGACAUGGCAGGAGAUCUGCUGAAGAGAUGCCUGCGCCACAACAAGUCCUGCUGUAAGGCGUAUGAGUACAUGGGCUACAUUAUGGAGAAAGAGCAGUCUUUCAGAGAUGCUGCUAUGAAUUAUGAAAUGGCCUGGAAGUACAGCAAUCAAACCAACCCUACGAUCGGCUACAAGCUUGCCUUCAACUACCUGAAGGCCAAAAGACACGUGGAUGCUAUAGAUGUGUGCCAUAAAGUUUUGGAUGCACAUCCCAACUAUCCACGCAUCAGAAAAGACAUCUUGGACAAAGCAAGAUCAGCUUUAAGAUCAUGACAGGAAGAGCAGUGGGGUUUGUGUGUGCUGGUGCUCAAUCAUGAUUUCAUCUAUAAACUCACAAAGAGCAUUAAUGAGUAUCAGUGAAGUUGUGUAAAUGGCUACAUGCAGUGUUUAUUCAGCAUUACACAUAGUGUGCUAUUUUUUAUAUGUACAUAUAAGUGAAUAAAAAUGUACAUUUUUCAUGUCA